AUGAGAAGAUCGGGUUCAAGCUGUCGUUCGCUGCUUGCUUCACUGUCCAGACCUCCGUCCUGUAACAGUCCUUUACAGGCAUUGCCUCUCCUCAUCUCUCCGGCCACCGUAUUCCUGGGGGUGCUCUCCAAGAUGCACGACGAGGAAAAGACCAAUGCGCCCGUGGCGGCGACAACGGCAGCAGCAGCACCUCAUGAUGAGAUCGAGGCGCACCCGUCGCAGACUGCCGACGUGCACCACAUCGACGGGCACCUCUUCUCCGACAAGGUGCCCACCAAGCACGACGACGCGCUCGACUUUCUGCGCUCGACUGGCGACGACAACUUUACUUACACGGAUGACGAGGCCAGGAAGGUGCGCUGGAAGAUUGACCUGUACAUGAUGCCACUGGUGAGCUCUAUGCAGCUUCUGGGUACAUUCACGCUCAAUUUCUUGGACAAGGGCAUCCUGUCCAAUGCCUCGGUCUUUGGGCUCCGAGAGGAUCACCUCGAAAAGAGCCAGUACAGCUGGGUCCCGCUCAACGCAUACAUGCUCCACCGCGUCCCCGUGGGCAAGUGGCUCGCAGGCAACGUCCUCGGCUGGGGCGCAUGCAUCCUCCUCGCCAUUACGGCCACCAACUUCGCCGCGCUGGCCACGUCGCGCUUCUUCCUGGGCCUCUUCGAAGCCGUCAACAACCCGGCCUUUGUGCUUAUCACGGCGCAGUACUACACGCGCAAGGAACACUCGCUGCGCGCCUGCGCCUGGUGGUCCGGCAACGCGGUGGGUUCCUUCUUCGGGGACCUGAUCGCGUACGGCAUCGGGCACGGGCACGGCCCGCUGUCGCCCUGGAAGUACAUGUUCCUGGCGUUUGGCGGCGUCACGGUCCUGUGGGCGGGCGUGCUGGCCGUCUUCAUGCCCGACUCGCCGUGGAAGAUGAGGGUGCUGUCGGAGCGCGAGAGGAAGAUUGCCGUGCUGCGCGUCAUGUCCAACCAUACGGGCAUCAGCAGCUCGCACUGGAAGUGGGAGCAGGCGCUGUCGGUGUUUACGGACCCGCAGGCGUGGAUCUUUUUUGCCAUUGUGUUUGUCCAGUGUCUUCCCGGAGGAGGCCUCACGCUGACCCUCGUCUCGCAGUUUAACAAGCUCAUCCUCACCGGGUUGGGAUACACCAACCUCGAAGCGACGGUGUACUCCAUGCCGGAACACGCCAUCCACCUCGUCAGCAUCGUGAGCAAGCCAAGGGGCAUCGCCGGCUCCUACAUCCGCAACUUCCGCUGCGCCAUCAUGAUCCUCUCCAACAUCCCCCCGCUCGUCGGAGCCCUUCUCAUCAACUACAUCCCCGAGUCGGAGAAGCUGACGCGCCUCGCGGGCGUGUACCUGCUCUUCACCUGCACGGUGAGCUACAUCAUGACCAUGAGCCUCGUCGCGUCCAACAUCGCAGGCAUGUCGCGCAAGACGACGGUCGCGGCGGGCAUGUUCCUCGCCUACUCAGCCGGCAACCUCGUCGCCCCGCAGCUCUUCAUCUCCACCGAAGCGCCGCGCUACGAGACGGGCUUUCGCGGCAUGAUUGCGUCCUUUGUCGUGCUCAUCCUGCUGGCCUUUACGCUCAUGGGCUACCUGAUUUGGGAGAACAGGCGGCGGGAUCGCGUGUAUGGCAAGGUGGACCCGGACGAGCCGCAGGACGACUUCUUGGACAAGACGGAUAGGGAGCUGCCGUACUUUCGCUACAGCUGGUGA